CCCCGCGGUUGGGUUUGUCGCCAAGACGACACCCCUUCCUUCUCAAACUCCAUAUUAACGUGGUGAUCAAAUAGCAUACAAAUUCGCGACUAUGGCCUUACCGUAAACCAGACUACUAACUCCUUGAGCUCGUAGAGCAGCACCUCGCUUCUUUUACGAUGAGCUCCAAAUAACUUUUGAGCAGGCAACUUACGUCGCAUCGAUUGAUAAUGGCUCGUGCGCCGCUUGCAGCACUUUGCCUGGUGCUGUGCUUUGCGCUCUCGGCGAGCACGAGCGAGUCGUCGUCGAGCUCUCAGGAUGUUUUCGCUGGAUUCUUCAGGCGGCUGAUGAAAAGCGGCGGGGUGCCCAAUCCCGGCCUGGGGAAACGCGCCUUACCCAGGGACGCUAACACGACAGAGGCGGUGGCAAGCCUGUACGACCACCACAUUCUGCACCAGUCCAAUAAAGCCCUAGGAACACGUGGCCGCAAGGGCCGCGGCUCGCGGGGUGGCGGCGGCGGCGGCAGCGGUGCGGCGGAUGGGCACGUGCCGGCAUGCGACCGCAGUGGCGGCAAGUGCAGCCUGUGCGCCAUGACGCGGGGUGCAUGGUGCGAGGAGUACCACAGGCAGGACCGUGUGCCCUGGAAGCCCGGCCCGCGCGGCGACCGGGAGUGCCCCAAGACCAAGUGGGGCGUGUGUAACGGCGUGGGCAACUGCCACUACGACAUCGGCGUGUGCCAGUGCCCGGCGGGCUGGAAGGGCAGGGCAUGUGACGCACCCGACAAGCGGCCCUGCACAAACGGCCACAAGUCGCAGAACGACCCAGUGGAUCUGAUUGUGACGCACAUUGGGGCGGACGGCAUGGACUUAGACCUGUCGGAGGGUGGAUGGACGGCGUCCCGCUGCGCAGGCUUCUGUGACGCCGACCGCGCCUCGUGCUGGUGCCCGCCUGACACCAAGCACGGCCGGCGGCCGCCGCCACCCGACUCACCGCCUUGGGUGCGCUGGAGCCAGCGUGGGCGGCCCAUCGGCGAGGCCUGCAAGCCGGGCAAGGUGCCCAACAAGGAGGGCAAGGUGGUGGAGAACGACUGGGGCAACAAGGGCAUGAGCCUGAGCGACCUGUGGGGGCCCAAGAGCUGGUGCAACGCGGACUCGGCGGGGCAGGUGCCGUCAUCGGCCAACCAAGCCUGUGGCGGCUGGCGCGGCUGUCAGGAGGAGGGCCUUCACGGCGCGUUGUGCUCGGACGUGAGCGAGGAGACCUGCCUCAACCAGUGCAGCGGGCGCGGCGAGUGCGACUCGGGGUUCUGCAGGUGCCUGGACGGCUGGUACGGCCACGACUGCGCGCGUCGGAAGGCUGGGGAGCCCACAGACGUGCCGGGCUUGCAGGAGUCGCGACCCUGGCUCAAACCGCUGGUCGUGCCGGUGCCCGCCGCCGCCACUGAGCCGCCCACCGCCGCCGCAACCGCAACCGCCGUAACCGCCGCAGGCUCAACCGCCGCCGGCUCAACCGCUUCCGAGCAGGCGCCGGCGGGUCGGCUGCGGCCCCUCAUCUACAUCUACGACCUUCCACCGGAGUUCAACAGCCGUAUGCACCAAUUCAAGCUCACUAACGAUCAUUGCGGCUACCGGCAGUUCAGCGGCCCCUCCAACUCGUCGGAGCUGUUCGCGGACGGCUACAGUGUGGAGGUCUACUUCCACGAGGUGCUGGCCAUCAGCCCACACAGAACCUUCGACCCCGACGAGGCCGACUUCUUCUACCUGCCCGUGUACUACACCUGCUGGAUGUGGCCGGUGAACGGCUGGGCAGACACGCCCUUCUGGGGGGCGCCCACAUCCUGGCACCGGCCCUCCAACGCCGCCAACCUGUGGCUGGCCGCCAAGCGCUGGAUCCAGCAGCACUUCCCGUACUGGGACCGGCGCGGCGGCCGCGACCACAUCUGGAUGACCAACCACGACGAGGGCGCCUGCUAUAUGCCUACAGAGAUCUACAACUCCAGCAUCAUGCUGACGCACUGGGGCCGCCUGGACCUCAACCACACCAGCAACACCGCCUACGGCCCCGACAACUACUCCACUGGUCUCACCUGGCCCGACAUCAACGGGGGCAGGGACGUGACGGAGCUGUGGGCCGGCCACCCCUGCUACGACCCCAAAAAGGACCUGGUAAUUCCUGGCUUCAAGCCGCCCGAGCACUACAAGCGCUCGCCGCUGCUGGGCUUCCCGCCCUACCAGCGCGACAUCCUGCUCUACCUGCGCGGCGACGUGGGCAAGCACCGCCUGCCCAACUACAGCCGCGGCACCCGCCAGAAGCUGUACAAGCUGUCUCAGGCUCACGGCUGGAUUGCCGAGCACCGCAUCUUCAUCGGCGAGAAGUACGAGCUGGUGGGCGAUUAUUCGGACCACCUGGCCAGGAGCGUGUUCUGCGCGGUGGUGCCGGGCGACGGCUACGCGAUGCGCUUCGAGGACGCGGUCCUGCACGGCUGCCUGCCGCUCGUGAUCAUGGACCGCACGCACGCCGUGUUCGAGUCCAUCCUGGACAUCGACGGCUUCAGCCUGCGCAUCAGCGAGGCGGCGCUGGACGAGCACCUGCCGGCGCUGCUCAAGGCCAUCGCGCCGGAGCAGAUUGAGCGCAUGCAGCGGCGGCUGGCCCUGGUAUGGCACCGCUACGCCUACGCGCACGGCCCGCUGGUGAACACCGCCCUGCGGUCCGCCACGCAGCGGAGCCUGGGCAUCAAGGAAGAUGACCCAGAAGACCUGAGGGAGCGCAUGAAGGAGCUGCACACGCAGGUGCCCCCCGAGCACCCCUACCAGCCCGUGCACAAUUUCCCCGUGCACACAGACGCCUUCGCCACCAUCAUGCAGUGGCUGCACUCGAGGAUCAAGGACACACGGGGCCCCGCCGCGGGCGCCACAACGGCGGCGCCAGGAGUUGGAGGUGGAGGUGGAGGAGGUGUGACGUCAGAGCAAUAGUCUGGUGGAGAUGGAGAUGGAGGUGGAGGAGGUGGGACGUCCAGGCAGUAGCCUACUGAUGUCUGAGCAGAGGUAGCUGUGAGAGGGUGCUGCAAAUCUGGUUGAAAAGAGCUUGGAAUGGGCGGGGCAGGCCACACGGGAGGAGGGAAGGUCAAUAUGGCGCCACUGCUGGAGAAGCACAGGGUUGGAUUGGCGUUUGCCGUGGCGUUUAGGAUAGAGAGGCGCUGGUCACUUUAACUAUGAGGAAGAUUACAAGGCAGUGUCACGGAUCUUGGCGUGCGCGUGCGUGAGCGUGGCGGCGGUGGUGGUCCCAUAUCUGCCCCGUCUGCGCCGUCCAUGCUACGCGUGGGAAGAAGAAGAGGUCGCGAGGGCAGCGCUGGGUGCCGUAGAAGCUGCGGGUAGGUGCAGGUGUUGAGCGUGGGUGCGAAGGGCUGGAGGUGUUCUAGCAGCAGUGAACCCCCGUAUUGUCUAUUUCAUUACGGGGUCGCGCAAAGUUAUGUCACGCGGCACUGCCAGGCUGGCAUUGCGCCUUGUGCCUGGAUGCUCAGCUGGCUUUAGCAUGUGCCAAGCAAUGCGGUCGUGGGCGACAGUCGGAUGGUUGCGGCCGCGCCGCCGCUGCUGCUAUUAGCUACCAAGGGGCAGAGCUUUUGCUCAAGCCUAAUCACAGGGCCCCUGCAACCCUGAGGAGUCAGCACUGCGGCCUGACGGCUGAUGCCCAAGCAAGGUGCUUAGUUGACCACGGUGCCGGUGAUGAACGCGUUGCUUGCCCAGGGGGGGGGGUAAAUUCGACUGGGAAAGGCCCCAUGUUCUAAAUGAAAGUACUUGACGAGAGGAUUCCAAAUCCACUCUCAGAGUUUUCAAUCAGGGUAGUAAUUGCAAAGUUGUGAGCGCUCAAAGUUCAGGGUCGGUCGUCGCGUUGUCUGCCACGCCCUAACCCUACCUGGACUGCAGCGGGCACUGCUAGAGUUGCUACGGUCCUGAAGCCGGGCACUGUGCAACAGUAACUUCUAGCACCUCCGGCGGUAGCUGUGGCUGUGCAUGGGUUCCUUGCGGCAUGUCGAAGUGUCCAGUGUUCGUGACUUCUGUAUGUACGCGUAGAAAUUUGCUCAAAAUCCGCCGAAGGCGGAGAAGUAUUUUUGGAGUUAUGGGCCGCGCUGCUACUAAGUGUAGACGUUUUGGCCACGCAGAUUUGGCGGUAGCUGAAGACGUUUGGGCAAAAUAUUCCGGGCGUAGAUGCCGCGGGAGGGUUCACCUACGCUCUGACACCGCGGGCCUGAGGUCAUCUACAAGAUACGGGCACUGGGUAUGUCGUAUCCUGGCGCGGGGAUAAGGGGGAGGGGGGAUGUGGAAGAGGGGACGUGGAAGAGGGGGCGGCAGGGGGGGGGUAGAAAGCUCAGGUUCUUACCCCAUGCACAAAAUUACAGAGCUUUAAGAGAGCAUUUUGUACGUUAGUUUUACCAGGAGGUGUCUGGUGAGGAAGUUCUGGGCCGCCCAAAUUGGGGGGUCGGUCGUCGUCUCUGGGGGUCCGCCGGGUUUCGGGAGCAGCACAUAUCCCCACGUUCGGCACAUGUGCACUGACACGGCUGGGCUCUCUAGCGCUGGUGCGCAUGAAUUCACGUUUAACAAAGCU